AUGACCAUCAAACUGAAGCUGAAGGACGUGAAGGACAAGCUGAAGGAGGACACCCUGGACCUCAGCUUGUGCGAUUUGGAGGAAGUGCCUGUGCGAGAAAUCGCGUCUCUUAGGAAAGCCACAAAUGUCAAUUUAUCAACCAAUCUUCUGAUUUCACUGCCGGACACCUUUGUUAUCUUGAAACAAAUUGUAAAAUUGGAUCUCAGCAGAAAUAUGUUGGCCGAACUUCCUAAAAAUUUUGGCGAGAUGACUCAAUUGAAACAUUUGGAUUUAUACGCUAAUAAGAUCAGCAGAUUACCUCUGAGCUUAAGUGAAUUAAAAAAUCUAAGGUGGUUGGAUUUGAAAGAAAACCCUUUGACCGAGGCUGUAGCCAGUGUUGCGGGACCAUGCAGUAAUAUGCGCGAGUGUCAGGCAUGCGCUCGUAAUAUCGUCACUUAUUUGUCCAAUGUUAAACUUGUCAUCGAGGAAGAGAAAUUACGUAGAUUAAAUAAUGUCACAGGCGAUGCAAACAAGGAGAUACCAAGUACAAAGAAGGAGAACAAGAAGAAAAAAAGGAAGAAGGACGUGGAAAGGGAGAAAAUGAACGGAAAUAAAACUGAUUCUCCAACACAAAGUGAGGGAUGCUUGCAGGACAAUAGCGAUAGUGUAAGAUUAACGGGAUCAUCGUCCAAUAAUGCAUCUACGCGUAAAUCGUAUGAAUCGACAGGUACUGGACUAUGCCGAUCUUUCACGUGCGUAAUCGUAUGGUUCUUCGUGAUCAGCUCGUUAUUUACCGUAGCGAUGGUGAUGCUUUCAUGGCGUUAUGAGCAACAGACAGACGCAUUUCUGCAAAAUGCGCAGACGUUAUCGGGGCUGCCGUUGAAGAAUUAUCAUCGACAGACUACAAAUUAUUUGCAACGUAUAAUAAAGAUCGCGACUGUGCAGAUCAAGUCGAUUAUCGACGCUGCCAACGAUUUCUAUAGAACACAAUUCGAGAGUGGCACAACCAAGGAGGAGAAAGAAUUAUAAAACUGUUUGCCUAUUUCCAUUUAACUGUGGAAAUCGAUAAGAUCACAAAGCAUUUAAAGAAAAUAACUGAAGCAGUGCAUUUAACAUUUUGU